AUGGCGCCGGCUAGCCAGUUGGUUUAUCAAAAGGACGAGAGGGUCCUCUGUUUCCAUCAUGAGAUUCUCUACGAAGCAAAGAUCAUCGACAUCAGACACACCGAUCCGGAGGACCGGAAGAGUCCUUAUGAGUACUUGGUCCACUAUAAAGGAUGGAAAAAUACCCUCCUUGCUCUCUUAAGUUACUUGCCCUCCCGAGGGGAAGAGUUUUCCUUGGCAGCAGGAAAAGAUAGUUACGCUAACACGGCUUCUCAAAACAGCUGGGAUGACUGGGUUCCCCAAGAUCGCCUCCGUAAAUUUACGGAGGAGAAUCGAGAGCUGGCUGCGACUCUGCGGCGUGACGCGGAAGCUGCUUUAAAGCAGCGAAGCGGUAAAGGCUCCAAGAAAAGAGGCGGUUCCGACAGAGACUCCGGCCGCGGCAGCGAAGAGAGGCAAUCGUCUGUUCCUGCAAGAGGCACCAAGCGAAGUAGAGACAAUGAAAUUGAAAAAGAGGAGCAAUUCCUUUCACGGCCAUCGGUUCGCAUUACGCUACCAGACAAUCUCAAAGCCAUCCUGGUAGAUGACUGGGAGAAUGUGACGAAGAACCGGCAGGUUCUUGCGCUGCCUGCUCCAAUUUCGGUCAAUACAAUUCUCGAUACUUAUGCCGAGGAGGAGAGAGCCAAGCGCACUAAUCCAGCAGACUUGGAUGUCCUCGAAGAGGUUAUCGCAGGCAUUAAAGAAUACUUCGACAAGUCACUUGACAAGAUUCUUCUGUACAGGUUUGAGCGUGAACAGUAUCGCCUCCUGCGUCACAGAUGGGAGGCAGGCUCAGGGAACUUUGCCGACAAAGGCCCGCUCGAUAUCUACGGAGCACACCACCUGAUGCGUUUAUUUGCUACAAUGCCUGAACUUAUUGCGCAAACCAACAUGGACCAACAAUCGACGAAUAAGCUUCGCGAGGAGCUUUCCAAAUUCACACUUUGGCUGAGCCGGAACUCAGAAAAGUAUUUCGCCAACAGAUACAUCAACCCCAGUAGCGAGUACGCGGAGAAGGCCAAUGGUGCCCAGAAUCCGAAUCCGGGAACAGCCACCUCACACCUUGUUUGA